UUGCGACUGCGUACUGCCACAACAACAAUGGAGUCUGAACCAUACCGUUUUGAAUUUGGAACAGAUGAAUGACACAUUUGGAAUGCUUGUGCAUUAAUACUUGUGAAAAUAUUACGGAGGUUCAUCCUGUAUUCUAACUGAAAACUUGUCCAGAACUGAUAUAUCCAUGUUUUAUUUAUCUUUCCAGUAACGCAUGAAUUUAACACGGAAGAAAUUCUGACCUCACUGUGUUCAACGUUGUCAAACACUGUUGACUAAUUUGCAAUAAGGAAUGACACUUGGGUGCCAAUUUAUUUGAGAAAACAUCGGAUAGGUUGCUUGUAACUCAUCAUCUCCGAAAGUACGCUUGAUUUGUGGAACAGGUUUAAUUAAAAUCUAGUUGGAUGCAACCCGGAAGUUCUGCCUCUCCUCUGUUUACUUGUGUUUUCUUAGCUAGCCAGUUAGCAUUAGCCAGAACUGCCCAUUUUAUCGAGUCUAAUGCGCUCCACUGCCUCCUUCAUCCCCCCGUGUUAAAAGACACGGCAUUCGACAUUGAUAGGCAUUGUAAUAUUUUGUGUAUGUGAGAGACCCAAACCACGGAUAUACUGCAGAGCUUGCUACAUAUGGAGUCAAGUGGCACUAGUACCAUAGAACAGACAGGGUCUCGAUCUGUUAGACUCGCCUCGCCUACUUUGAUAAUUCCAGCGCGGAGCUCCAUGUGCAGUCCUGGGGUGUCGGCCCGGCCAGUGUUCGGAUUUCCCCUAAAGAGCAAACAAAGUUCCCCGUCCGAGCAGUCGGAUAAGCCAGGCUCUCGAUGGGUACGGCUCAACGUCGGUGGGACCUAUUUUGUGACCACCAAACAGACUCUGUGUAGAGAUCCCAAGUCUUUCCUAUAUCGAUUGUGCCAGGACGGUCCAGAUCUUGACUCGGAUAAGGACGAGACAGGGGCCUACCUGAUCGACAGAGACCCCUCCUACUUUGGCCCCGUCUUGAACUACCUGCGCCAUGGCAAGCUGAUUAUGAACAAGGACCUGGCAGAGGAAGGAGUUCUGGAGGAGGCGGAGUUCUACAACAUCGCUCCUCUUGUACGAUUGGUCAAGGAGAGAAUUCGGGACAACGAGAACAGGACGUCGCAGGGCCCAGUAAAGCACGUGUACAGGGUGCUGCAGUGCCAGGAGGAGGAGCUCACUCAGAUGGUGUCCACCAUGUCUGAUGGCUGGAAGUUCGAGCAGCUCAUCAGCAUUGGCUCGUCCUAUAACUAUGGCAACGAGGACCAGGCGGAAUUCCUGUGCGUAGUGUCCCGGGAGCUGAACAACUCCACCAACGGCCUCGUCAUCGAACCCAGCGAGAAAGCCAAGCAGAUUCUCCAGGAGCGAGGUUCACGGAUGUGAGACCCGCCUCGCGGACCAGAACCCCUAGAGACGGUCGCCCCGCCACCCCCCCCCGCAGAAGCCCUGGUCCACUUUAAGCCCCGACCCCCCCUCCCUCCUGGACACGUACAACGUAGCCCCGUGCGCGAAUGCCCGCACCCACAAAAUGGCGGGGUGCAUUGCCAUGGCUUUACCUUCACAGUGUUAAUCGCUCUUUCACAGUAGAGUGAAAUGGGGGGCUGUGGGCAGUGGGCAGUCACAACCUUUUUUGUGAUGUUGAAACAUUUUAACGCCGAUAACAUUAUCACUGGGCACUAAGUCUUACACUGACACUGCUAUCGCUAACGAUGGUAACGACUCCUGGGACGCACGGCAACGCGGGCCGUAACAAGCCUUUAAACAGCUGUUCCUCUGGGCCCCCUUCCCCCUGAAAAAACCGGUUUAGCCUUGCGUCCCACCUCACCUGGAGGUGAUUCUCCUUCAUCAUCGCCGACCUUAUCUUGUUCAUCAGCUGCAGCCUCAAACUGCGGAUACCGAUUACCCUGCCUCCUUGCUGGGCUGUGUCUCUAGUUGGGUGGGGUGGGGCGGGGGGCAGCAGCAGCAGCGAACGUGGCAUGAAAUGUAUUUGGAAAUGGCUGGGUGUGCACGUGUGCUUGUGUCUCAGCAUACUGUCUCUUGCAGUCAGGUUUUAUGGGCCUUGGAAUGGGUAAAAUGCCCCCCCUCCCCCUGCUCUGGUCAGGCACGCGUAAUAUGGAAAUUCUGGGCCCAUAUGAGGAACUGGCAUUUGCCUGUCUUUGUGGGUCCAUGCAGAUCCUGGCCUGUUUUACAUUGUUCCACAAAUGCAAACCAAGUUUCUGUAUUCACAGACGAGGCAAAUGAGCACAAACACCAAAAAGCUGGUGAAGGAAAAGGGUAACUGAUAUUAUAUGUAUAACAGAAUAUUUGAACUUUAUUAUUUAGCAGUGGGCACCAGUCUAGCACACCUAACCAAACUUUUUUUGUUUUAGAGAUAAGGGUAAAUAAGACCGGGGUAUAUUGUUAGAAAAACAAGGGUUUUUGACCGGAAAAUUGCAGGUUUUUUUUGCUGCUUGAAGAAGGUCACAGCAUCAGCUGUGUUGCCUCGCUAGUGCUUGUAGGUUGCUUCAUCAUAUCGACCCAGACUAUCUGCUAUAACGCAAAGUUCAUUUUAAGCUAUUUUCAGCCAAUGGCUAUGCAGUCCAGUUGUUAUCACGUAUCCCUGAGUGUGAU